AUGUCACAAGCUCGGAAUCCCUUGCCCAUUACGCCUUCUGUAAACACGGUAAUGCUCGAACCACAGCUACUGAUGACAGUACUGCGUGAUCUUUCUACUAGUCUAUUGCAAUACUUCGGCCGUCCUGUCCGGCUCGUGGUCCACGGUGGCGUUGUCAUGGUCCUCCAUCCGCAACUUGCUUGCAGGAAAAGCACACGCGAUGUCGACUAUAUUCAUCGCUCGUUCGUCACGGAGUGGAAACGUAUGGGAGUGUUCGAUGCAGAUGCUCGAUUGCAGCUGUGCAUCGCUGCCACGGCCUCGAAGUUCGGUCUGGGCGCGGACUGGAUGAACGCUGCCGCCGAUGCCGCCCUUCCUUGGGCGAAAAACUCAAAGGGCGAGUGGUACGAUCCCGUAUGGACCGACGCCACAAGCGCCUCAAACAUGCAAAUCAAUACCUUCUUCAGAUCCCCUGGUCUGAUUCUAGUGGGCGUAAGCUGGGGAUGGGCGGUGGCUUUGAAGCUUGUCCGGUACGCGAAGAGCGACCCGCACGACAUUGCGAGCAUUCUCCGUCUCGGACAACGCCACCGCCGUGUGCAAUGGACGCGCCACGUCCUGGAAGGCUGGCUGAAAAGUGUAUGUGGCGCGAUGGGAUAUUCUUCGUAUCCUCCUGGGGCCAUGGACGCUUUACGAGAUAGGAUGCAGGACGCCAUUGAGCUUUCGGAACAUCUUUGCUGA